GGCCAUGGCUGGCUGUUUGCACGUUUACAUCUUUGCUGGGGUGGUUCACUACCAACAUUGAUGACGUGGCGGGGCGACGAGAUGUUGCGGAUCGCAGGCUAGCGCAUUGCGAGCAUUUACCAGUACGAGGUGAGCGAAGAUAGCAGCAUGGAGAGAAAAGCAAGCAUGGCGAUGAGGCGAGGUAAGAAAGAUAGUUCUGCAGCGACGAAAGUGGGGCAAGGGCUGUGCGGUGCGUUGGAUGCCGAAGGCGAAAUCAACACGUGGCGCGUUCAAGAUUUGCGACACGUGUUUCGGCGGAGUCGCAUGUGCGAAGUGGGGUUACUCGAGACACAUCUAAAGAUGGUAACAAGUGCGAUUCGGUCACACGAGGCGCAUCGUGUUUUCAAUAUUGACAUGAAACGUGCAGAUCUAACGAGCGUCUCGAAUGCUGACACGUGGGUCACUCACGACCCACCAGUUGAAACGCUUCAUGCAGAAACGGGAUGCAUGCGACAGCUGAUGAGUACGGUAUCGUGCGGUAUUGUACGGUAUUGUCGAAGAGAGCGUGGUGGAGUAUACAGUAUAAGACCUCUAUAGUGGCACGACCUGCAUCGUCCAGUGCCGUGACUCGUGUCAACGAGAGAGGGGCCUUGACUCGAAAUCUUGCCUGGCUGGAGGGAGGCUCGGCUCGAAAGCACGUCAUGGGUGGAGUCGUGACCCGAGAAUCUCCCCAGGAUGCGAAUCUCGCUCCGCGCUGUGCGGGCAGGGACGAGCCGAGCGACGACCUGGAAGAAUGCCCCAUCUGCUGCCUGGUAGGAGUUGAUGGUUUCGAUCCGCAGGAAGCCACUGAGAGUGGUUCCGUUCCGCUGCAUGGUAGAGAUUACCACCACCACCACCGCCGCCGCCGCCGCCGCCGCCGCUCUAUGGCAUGUCUCCACGCGUUCCCUGCGGGAUGCUGCAUCACCAUCACCACCACCACCACCACCACUCCAGAGGAUUUUACUCCCUGUGAAACAGAAACGAAACACCUCGAUCAUCCUGAGCCUCUUUUUUUAUUCCCAGAACUGUGCGCCUGCAGCUUCGCCAUUCGAACUUCGCCGCCCUUUUUCUUCUUGUUAACCUGCUGCUAUUGGUCCUCGUCUCAUCUGCUCGCUUCGCCUGCUUUCCCUCUGUUGUUUCGUUUGUGUUGGGUCUAUUCGUCGGAGGCUUCUCUCGGUGGUGUUGGUGACGAGUCACUUGUUUCGUUUCAAACCUCCUUGUUCCUGUUUCCACCCCGAAACGCCAUCUUAUUCCACAACUAUCCAAGCCUGAUUUUUGAGGUGCCUCGAAAAUUAUUCCAGAACGAUCCAAGCAUGAACACGUCAAGAUGCUGCAAGACAGGGAUCUGCACGGUUAAUUGCCCUUAUGAACCCUGAAUCUGGGGUCUCAGCCUCGUUUCAGGAUUCUCGGUCUCACUCUACUUCCUUUCACAAUCUCUUUUCCAACAUGCAGUUGUUUCACUCCUUAUUCUUUAUCACUCCUACCAGAUUGCUACUAUUGAUCUCCUUAUUCUCUUCACUGUUUCUGGCCAGUUUGCUUUAUGUGGGUGGAGGGCCCCACACCUUUUCACACCCCACGCUGUCCAUUCUGCAACGCAGCAGCAUUCUGUGUGGAGCAUGGGGGCAGGCGCACAGCAGAGGAGAGAAACGCCGAGAUGGCGGUCGGCUCUCUCGCUGCUCUUCUUCUUUUUCUUCUUCUUCGUCUUCUGCUGCUGCUGCUCCGUUUGUCAUUUCUUUUCCUCGAGGAGCAGCGGGCAGCGGAAGCGAGGAUGAGAGCGCAGGUGGAGGAAGAGGGUGAAGGCCAACGAGGAGCCGAACUUGGAGCUGAGCUGAUGCGAGCAGCAGGUGGGAUGGAAGCAGCAGCAGCGGAUGCAGAACUGGAGGAAUCAACAGUGGGAGUAACAGGGGGUCCAUUGCUGGGAGGAGCCCUGGGAGGAGCACUUGGAGCAGCACUGGGGCUAACACUGGGAGCAUCAGCGGUCGGAGUAGCAGUUGAGGCAGCAGCAGUUCGAGCAGCACUAGAAUUAUCCGCAGUGGAAGCGGCUCUGGAAGCAUCAGCGGUGGAAGCGGCUCUGGAAGCAUCAGCCGGGAAGCUGCAGCAGCGGAAGAAUCAGUGGAAGCAGCAGCAGUGGCAGCAGCAGUGGCAUCAGCACGGGAAGCAUCAGCAGUGGACGCGGCACUAGAAGCAUCAGCAGUAGAAGCGGUCUUGAUGGAAACAGCAUUGGAAGCAGCAGUAGUGGACGCAUCAGCAUUGGAAGCAGCACUAGAAGAAGUCUUAAUGGAAACAGCAUUGGAAGCAUCCGCAGCAGAAGCACAAGCACCCUCAGCACCGUUAGCAGUUGCAGCAGCAGAGGCUAACGUGUCUGCAGAUUCCCUUUCCUCUCUGCCCACAUCUGUCUCGUCAGAGUUCCCAUCUGUUCCCUCUUCCUCCUACUCCAGCACCAGCAGCACCAGCAGCACCAGCAGCACCAGCAGCACCAGCACCAGCAGCACCAGCACCAGCAGCACCAGCAGCAGAAGCCGCACCAGCACCAGCAGCACCAGCAGCAGAAGCACCAGCACCAGCAGCACCAGCACCAGCACCAGCAGCACCAGCACCAGCAGCACCAGCAGCAGAAGCAUCAGCCAUGCCACGCCUCCUCACGGGCUCUCCUCACAGACUGAGGAGCAGAUGGAUGAGGAUUUGGAGGAGCUGCUACAAAUAAAAGCAUUGUGGCUUUCCGUCCAAGAUCAAGCAGGAGCUGGACGCUCUACUUCAGCUGCAGCUUCACCACCAGCAGCGACUGCCACAGUUGCAGCUGCAACUGCAUCCCCACCUCCUGUGAGUAGCACUGCAACAAUGGCACCAACACCAGUGGCACCACCAACGCCAGUCACAGCACCAGCACCAGCACCACCACCAGCACCACCACCACCACCACCACCAGCACCAGCACCAGCACCAGCACCAGCACCAGCGGAAGUCUUACCAGCGGCAGUCUUACCAGCGGCAGUGCCAGCAACAGCUACAUCUCUAGCACCAGCACCAGCACCAGUGCCAGCGCCACCACCGGCAGCAGCAGCUGAAAAUGCAGCAGGAGUGCAAGCGCAAAGGCUUCAGGAGGGCAGAUGUUGAUUUCUAGGGCACAGACCAAGACACAGUUGCAGUUCUUCACAACGUUGAUGUCCACGUGCAGAAUGUUGCUCCUGCUGUGCCUCGUAGUUCUAAAGUGACGGCAAAUCCUGCAUUAGCAUCUGCUUCUGUGGCUGCUCUUGGUGUGGCUCCUGCUGUGCCCGAUGAUAUUGAGGGGUAAAUGAAGC